CAUUUGUGUCCUCGGAACCUUUCCUUUCUAAGUAACAAAAUCCCCUCCUCCUUUUUCCUCCAGAAAUCCUCCCAAUGUUACCAGAUUGAGGAGAUCAGCCUCAGGCUCCGGCGGCUACAACACACUCCAUACCAGAUCCAAUCCAAUCCCAAUCGAUCCUCAUCAUGGUGGCGGCGGCGGAGCCAGAGGAAGAGCAGCAGAUCGUGGCGGCGGCGGACGUGGAGAUGUCGUCGCCGGAGGAGAAGAAGAAGGAGAAGGCGGUGCAGCAGGGGCGGCGGGGGCGGCGCGAGAUGCGGCGGAUCGAGUGCGCGACGAGCCGGCAGGUGACCUUCUCGAAGCGGCGGAGCGGGCUGCUGAAGAAGGCGUUCGAGCUCGGGGUGCUCUGCGACGCCGAGGUCGGCCUCCUCGUCUUCUCCCCGCGCGGCCGCCUCUACGAGUACGCAUCCACCGCUGAUCUGCAGAAGACAAUUGAUCGCUACCUGAACCACACAAAAGGCGCACCUGCAAAUGAGAAAGCUCUUGAAUCAGCCGGCGUCCAGAUGUGCAGAUCUGAGGCAACAGCUUUGCAGCAGAAGAUAGAUGCAAUCGAGGGCUACCAGAGGAAGCUGAUGGGAGAGGGAUUGGAAUCGUGUUCAACACAUGAGCUACAAGAGCUGGAGCAGCAGCUGGAGAAGAGCCUCAGCUGCAUCCGGCAAAAGAAGCAAAAGAAGAUGCUGGACCAAAUUUUGGAGCUGAGGGAGAAGGAGGAGAAGCUGUUGAUGGAGAACUCAUCGCUGCGUGAAAAGUACCAUGCGCUGCCUCUGCUAGAGCUGGCUACAAGAACCGUGGAGGCAGCUCAUGCAAGAUCACCCGGCGCCACCAUCGGAGGCGGAGAAGAAGCACCAGAGGACAACGACGAUGAGCGGCGGCGGCGGCAGAAGGACGUGGAAGACGUGGAGACAGAGCUGGUCAUCGGAAGGCCUGGAACACAUAUCUAGCUAGCUAGCUAGCAAAAUCAAUCAUCAGUCAACUAAUUCUCUGCUCAAGGUCGAUACAAAAUACUACGAGUAGUAUUCAAUUUAAUGUGUGUCCAUAUAGAAAAUUAUAUAUAGUUUAAUUUAGAUCGGUCGAUUCGAUGAGGUAAAAUUAUGCACGAAUAAUUAACACGUUGCAGCAAAUGCAUGCGGGGGCUCCAAAGAAAUUGAAGUUUGGUCUCGACCUGUUCUUGUGAUCAUCCUGUCUUUUUGGUUCUGUAUCCAAAUUAAUUAACAACCAUUAGUACUAUAUAUAUUUAUGUGUU